CCGAAGUCUUGAAGAAGAUAGAGAAAAGAUGGUCCAGGAGAUGAGAAAAACCACCCCAAACCUGGCCUACAUCGAUGAUGCAAUGAAUGCCACAUACGCACUGAGAAGACAGGAGAUUGUUGAAGAGGAGCCACCUGUGGCCGAAAUGAGAGUCAGAUGGCCAGCCCUUUUUACUGAAAGACAGAUCAUCAAGGAAUUCACCAGACUCAUGUCAAUGGACAUCAAUAAGUUCUAUGAGGGUCUGGACAGCCAUCUGCAUAAACUUCUUCAGUUAUUCCGGUUGAAGCGCUUCGAGGAAGUUCAAGAAAUGACAUCCUUAAUGGAGAGUCUCGACAAGGAUGCAUCAAACCAAAGGAAGAGAGCAGCAGCUUUGCAGGGGCUGCCAUGGUACGUGAAGGAAAAUCCUUCUACAUUGAUGAAGAGAUGUGAGCCAACAGAUCCUGGAGAGGACGUCAUCAAGGGAAUGAUGAUUGGAAUCCUUUUGGUCGUUGAAGAUGUGAAGGAGCCCCUUCCAGUUUCCUACAACGAUGUUGCCAUCGUCAUUGAGGAAAAGAUUGUCAUGCGUCAUCUUGGUGAUGUACCCAACGCUUUUGUGAACCUGAUGGGCCUGCUGUACAUGCUGAACCUUGACUAUCCAAAAGACACAAAAUAUACUUUUGAGGUGAUUCAGCGCCUGUUCAUGGGAAUCGGUCUGAGAUGUGCACUCCCAGAGUCCACUCUUUAA